GAGGUCCCAUGGCAUUUAGCACGAAUGGGACAGUCCAGCUAUGCUCUCCUCUGAACUGAACGCACGAGCAAACACUCCUGCAUGAAAAAAAAACGAAGGGGGGGAGAGUAACCGCAGCAGGGGGAUAUAGAAUCGAAAGGAACAUAGGGAAAGCGUUAAAGUGAUAGUUUUAUUGCUACAAGAGGAUCGCGAAAAUUUCCAUCUCUGGAAAGUGUUGUUGUCAGUUUUCAUAUUUUUUUCCUUAUUUAAAUGAACGAAUUAGCUAAUCUGAAGAAAAUAUCAAGAGAGUCUUGACGAGCAUCACCAAAGCUAGUUGGUGCUGAAGUUAGACCGCGAACGGAUGCGAGGAAAGGGUGCACUGCAAGACUCAACCCCCUUUUUCUUUCUCUCCCUGUUUCUUUUUUGUUCGCUUAAACAAAAGAGAGAGCGAGUCAGAGACACUGAACCUGCUUUCAUGCCGUCAGUCUUGCAGACUCUGAGAUGGAUGUAAGGUUUUAUCCAGCACCCCCUUCAAGCGUGGGUUCGUGUUCUUUACAAACUGAUCCAAAUUGCCUGAGCUCGUUGGACUAUUACCGCUGUAACAAGAGCAGAUACGGAGCCGGUGAGCGAGGCGUCAGCGUUCGGCUUCCUCCAGGCGCCAGUCCCGACGGGAAAAGACUGCUGUCAGCUGGGAACUACACGGGUCAGAGCGGCGGCAGCGGAGGCGGCGACGAGGACUACGAGAUCCCGCCCAUAACGCCCCCCAACCACCCGGACCCCUCCCUGCUGCACCUGAUGGACCCCGAGACGGGCUACCUCUGCCACUCCCUGCCCCACAACGGCCUGAUCAACCCCUACUCGUACCCGGAGCUGCCCGCCAUCAUGAUGUCCAACAUGCUGGGUCAGGAGGGCCACCUGCUGUCGGGGCAGAUGCACUCGAUCCAGGAGAUGGCUCGCCAAGAUGGUCUGCAUUUUGACUCCGCCCAUCAGAGCCCCCUGAUAAACCGAUCACCUAGGAUACUGGCCCAUCACAUGGGCGCUCUGUCCCAGCUGAGCUCUCAGAUUGGCCUGCGAGGUGCCCCUCCCUACGGUUCCCCCUCACCUCCAGGAAGUAAAUCAGCCACGCCCUCCCCCUCCGGCUCCACCCAGGAAGAGGAAACUGAUUGCCAUACCAAGAUGGCCGGGGAGAAGCGGCCCUCAUCAGAGAUGAUGAAGAAGCCCAAGCCGCAGAAGAAGAAGAAGAAGAAGGACCCCAACGAGCCGCAGAAGCCCGUCUCCGCCUACGCGCUCUUCUUCAGGGACACCCAGGCCGCCAUCAAGGGCCAGAACCCCAACGCCACCUUCGGGGACGUCUCCAAGAUCGUGGCGUCCAUGUGGGACAGCCUGGGGGAGGAGCAAAAGCAGGCGUACAAGAGGAAGACUGAAGCCGCUAAGAAGGAGUACCUAAAGGCCCUGGCAGCGUACAGAGCCAGCCUGGUUUCCAAGAGCUACAGCGACCCCGUGGAGUCCAAGAGCGUCCAAAGCAGCCAGGCGUCGCACAUGAUGGCCCCCAAAGCCGCCCUGUACAGCGUGCCCCCCCAGGCCUCCUCCCCCUAUUUGGGCCCCGCCUCCUUCCCCCUGUCCGACCUGCAGAGCUUCGCCGGGCCCCAGCGCCACGCCCUCUCCCGGACCCUCAGCCAAUCGCAGAUGCUGCCCAGCAUGAGCGCCUCCCCGCCGUCCUCCUUCCAGAUCAGCCCGCCGCUCCACCGGCAGCUCUCCCUGCACCAGGGCUCCAUCCUCAACCAGCCAAUCCGCAUGCAGCAGGUGCAGUCGCAGCCAAUCAUCUCCCACCAGAUGGGGCUCCAAGCUUCUCUUCAUUCACCUCCUCCUGGCCAGCAGGUUGGCGGCGGCCCCGCUAAGGGCAGCGUAGCCCUCCACUUGCUCAAAUACAUUGGAUUCCCUCACAUCCAAUCGGAUUACCAGAACAGCUCGCAGUCUCCGGGGGCGUCCAACCCAGGAAGUGGACAGAACCCAGACUGGGACGGGGAGUACUGCAGUCGCGAAUGCAGCGGAAACCUGUGCAGCAGCGUGAUAGGAAGGGACAAGCCACUCUACCUCACUUGAAGCUGAAGAACCUUGAAUUGAAAGGACACCAGGGAGCUCGCAAACACCACCAUUUUAUCUCCUGUUUUUCCAGCGUUUUUUUUCUCUCGCUUUUUUUCUUUUAGGAAAAAUUUCAAAUGGAUUCCAUUCGGAAGUCCAGAAGACUACUAGGGAAUUUUUUUUUUCUUUUCUUUUUUCAAGCACUUAGAAAAUCCGGCGAUUGUGUUGACCCUGGAAGUUAAAAAAAAAAAAAAAAAUUAUAAAACGUGGAUCAGCUUCUUGGGGGUCAUUCAGCUUUAAUAUAUGAAGCCUCGAUGGCUUUUCAGUGUUUUUUUCUGUUGUUUUGUUUCUCCUAUGCCACAAGCUUUGCCAUGAACAGUCCCAGUAAGGAUGUCCAUUAUUGGUUGACAUAUGCCUUGAUGAUGAUGACAAAACUGUGGGCUCUCAGAGUAGCAGCUCAGAGAAUUUCUGCAGAGAAUGGAGUACAAACGACAAACAAAAACAAAAUAAGAACCGUAACUCAAACCCUUUUUUGUAUCAUAGAGGAGAACUGAAACGUUUUACCAAUCUAUCACAGUGUGAUUGUAAAUAUCACUUCUAUGAGAAUAGAGAACAUCUCAAACCCCAGACUUUUUUCCAUCCGUUUUCAUACUAAGCUGUAAUUCCCCCUUGAUUUUCAUUUUGAAAAUAUUUUGCGUUUCGUGAAUUUGAGCAAUUUUUUUCAUGGCAGAUUUGGAUUUUCACACACAAAAUCUUGCAUUAAAACUCUGCUCAUCGGUUGUGUGUGUGUGUGUGUGUGCAUGUGUGUUUGCGUGUGUGUGUGUGUACGUGUGCGUGUGUUGUUUUUUUCUCCCCACAUUUAAAGAAAUACAAAGACUUAAGAUAUACUGUCCUGACAGUCAUUGAGGGUCUAUAAAAGUCUCACCUUAUAGUUCAGACAGUCUGCCCUGGCCAAUCACACCACAGUGCAUCUGUAAAGAUUUUGCUCCCUUUUUUGUUUAUUAUCCAGUUUCAUCACAGUCCACAAAACGACUUGUACAGGUGAAUAAAAAAAAAAUACUUAAUG